AGCCAGCACAACCUUCACCCAGAAGACAAACAAGACAGCAACACAGAACUUGUAGUGACGGAGAACGCCUUGAUAUAUCUCAGACCUUCAGAUCUCCAUAUAGCUGCGUUCCGGCGCGACUUUGAUACAUUUGAUUUACCCCAACCUACGGACUCGACUCUACCAUAAACAACUAUGGCACCCUUAAACAGGAUCAUCAUAGACACAGACCCAGGAGUUGAUGAUGUUCUUGCUAUGCUAUUAGCAUUAGCAGCCAAACCCGAAGAGCUCGAAGUUCUUCUUUUGUCUGUGACUUACGGCAACGUCGAAGUCCAGAGUUGUCUACGAAAUGUAGUCGCCUUAUUUCAUGUUCUCGAGAAGGAGAUGGAAUGGCGAAGAGCAAGGGGUCAACUAGAGGGUUUCGGAUGUAUGACGAGCUCGAAGCCCAUCGUAGCAGUGGGAGCUGAUCACCCGUUGGAGGAUGAAAUACUCAUGGCUGACUACUUCCACGGUGUUGAUGGCUUGGCUGGAGUCCACACCAGCCAUCCCCAUCUUUCUCCAUCAGAUGCUUGGAAGACUCUGUUUCAGCCUCCUCAGGCAAAUGCGACUACACAGCAAGUUGCCGAAGCUCGAGAGCUCGCUACCCCGAUCACCUCUUUCCGAGCUUCCCAAGUUCCAGCCCAUAAAGAGAUUCUACGAUUGCUUAAGGAGAAUCCACGUGACACUAUCACCAUCGUUGCUGUGGGACCCAUGACCAACUUGGCUUUGGCAGCUGCAGAGGACACUGAAACUUUUUUGAGAGUAAAAGAAGUGGUUGUAAUGGGAGGUGCCAUCGAUGUUGAGGGGAACAUCACACCAGUCGCAGAGUUCAACACAUAUGCAGAUGCUGUGGCUACUGCCCGCGUCUUUGCUCUGACAUCUCCAACUCCGUCUUCGACCAUGCCACCUCCACCGUUGAAGAUCUCAAAAUUACCUCCUUACCCAACCAAGCUUUCUAGACAAUUGAAGCUCACACUCUUUUCCCUCGAUCUUACAACCCCUCAUACACUGCAGCGUUCCCAUCUGAUGGCCAAGCUUGAUCCUUUAAUAAAGCAAGGAAGCCCCUUAGCAGAAUGGACUUCGGCCUUUGUAAACAAGACUUAUGAAAAGAUUGAGUCCCUGACAAGAAAGCAACUUGAUCCUGGUUUGGAGUUACACGACCCUCUCACAAUUUGGUACAUGCUUACUCGGGAGGCCCCUCAGUGGAUGGGAGCCCCCAAAGGCCUAGAAGAUAUCAGAGUCGAGACUGCUGGUCAAUGGACUCGAGGCAUGCACAUUAUCGAUCGACGAAACAGGAAGAAAGGUGGAGCUCCAGAACAGAUCAAAAGUCCAGGAGCUGUAGACAUCGCGAACCCUAUGGAGCAGCUUGUCAUUCCAAAUGCCGAUGGAGAGGGUGGCGACGCUCCCGGAGACAACGGUGGAUGGCUUGCUCCACACAAAGGAAAUAGGAUAAACAGAAUCGUGGGUAGUCCUGGAGAAGAAUUCUUUGGCCCAUACUUGCUGGAGAGGGUUUUCGGUUAGACUGAAGGGGAAGGUGGGAUGGCUCCUAAGUUAAGUCUGUCAGACGAUAUGCAAAUAGAUAAAGGUUUUGCGUGGUGUGGAAAUUAUAGCUUUGCAUUGGCAUAAAUUAUUGCGUAGAAACAAAGCGACGACGAGCUAGAUGGAAUAUUAGCAAAUGAAAAUCUUGAAACUAGCACAAGAAACGGUG